GCCAAUCAGGAUCGUCCAGGUCACAGGUGCCGUGUUCGUAGCGGAAGAGAAGAUGGCUGCUGCGAGGAACGGAAAGAGCGGACUCCUGGAAAAAUGGAGAAUCGAUGAGAAGCCGGUGAAAAUCGAUAAAUGGGACGGAGCCGCUGUGAAGAACUCUCUGGAUGACGCUGCCAAGAAGGUGCUGCUGGAGAAAUACGGUUACGUGGAGAACUUCAGGCUGGUGGAUGGUCGUCUGUUGAUCUGUACGGUUUCCUGUCUGUUCGCCAUGCUGGCUCUGGUCUGGGACUACCUGCACCCCUUCCCCGAGUCCAGACCAGUCCUCGCCUGCUGCUCCAUCACGUACUUCAUCAUGAUGGGCAUCCUGACGCUGUACACCUCCUACAGAGAGAAGAACAUCUUCCUGGUGUCUCUGCAGAAGGAUCCAGCUGGGAUGGAUCCAGACCACAUGUGGCAGCUGUCCUCCUCCCUCAAACGGUUCGAUGACCAGUACACUCUCAGAGUCUCCUUCUGCGAUGGAAAGUCGAAGACCUCGCGGGAAGCUGAGUUUACCAAAUCUGUGUCGGCGUUCUUCGAUGAGAACGGGACGCUGGCCAUGGACCAGUUUGAGAAGUGUGUUUCUAAACUUCACGACACGCUGGCGUCGGAGAAGAAGACCAAAUAAAACCAGAACAUCUGUGAAGUCAUGAGGUGGCACUUGAUUCAGGAGGAACGUCUUUGGUUUCAUUUCAGCCUGCGGAGAGAAACUCCAUCACCGUCUGAGUUUGUGAAGACGACCUCAUCGUUACCUGUCAGUGCAGCUCCUGGUGAUGCGUUCAGGGUCGUUCAGAGAGCCGACUGCUGAACAGUCUGUUCCUCUGAUUUAAAUUAAACUUUACUUGUCAAAUUGUUUCACAUCUGAGUUUUCAGCUGCAUUCUGUGGUCUUCAUCAGAGGGUUUCUCGGUUGUCAUGGUGACAUGUUGACAGUUCAGUUGUUCACCCUAACACCUGAUGACCGUGACCACCGAGUGUCCGCAGAGGAAGACCACACGUCUCAGCGUUUCCUCUGUCGUCUUCAUCAGGAGCUGCUGAUGGAUUUUCUCUCACGCUGUCCGCCAUUUUUAUGGAGAUGACCUGAAACCAAACGAAGUCCUCGACAGGAAGUAAAGCGCUUCCUGUCAGGUUGUCAGCGUUCGCUCGCCUUGAAGCUUUUAGCCGCAGUAAUGAAGAGUUUCCUCACAGAACGAUUAGUGACAAUAACAUCGACUCUUCUGUUGUGAAACAAGUGAAUUAAAAAACCUUUUUAUAGUUUCACCUGACGGACACACCGUCACCGUCGUCUGUUGCUUUUAUUUUAUUUUAUUUUCAUCUGUUUAUCGUUGUUCUUUUAUUUUUGCAGCUGCAGCCAUUUUCUUUUUUAUUUCUAACGUUUUCUGUUUUGAUGCUUUUCUUUGUCACAUGAUAAUAAAGUGAACAGCUUUGGAUUUUUGGACUGUUGGUCAGAUGAACCGUCUGAAGACGUCACAGCAAAAGAAAAUAAUGAAAAUAAUGUUUAGUUGCAUUAUUUUCAUUAUCGAUCAGUCUGCUCAUUAUUUUCUCCGUCAGUGUUUGGUCUAUAAAAUGUCAAAUGGCUUCUCAGAUUCUGGCUGUGUUUCUUUUACUUUGAUGACAUUUUGGCCCAAACGUCAUCAAAGUAAAAGAAACACAGCCGGAGUGUGCGACACUUGUUUUCUACAUCAGGUGUGCUGCCUGUGAUCAGCACCUCCUUAUAAUUAUUGAUGUGUGUUACUUUUAUAUUUUAAAAAUGAGUUAUCUCAACGAUGACUCAAUAAUGACUUUGUAUCCUGGAAAAAAAAACCAAACCAAACCAUCAGAUCUCAAAAUAAGAACGAACCUGUCUUGGGGAAAAAAAGCAUAGCAGCUCAAAAAUAAUGACGUAGCAUCUCUAAAUGUUUGUCUUUACAUGUUUCAUCAGUCUAAAUCUUAAAGACGUUCAGUGUAACAUGAUGUAAAACAACUUAAUCGUUCAGUUAUCUAAAUAAUUUUUCCGUCUUCUCUGAUCGUUGCAGCGCUGCUGUUGAAGUUUUCACAGUUUAAUGCUAAUGUGCAAACACGCUGAAUAAAGUGUGGCGUUCCUCUUGGUCA